GCUUCACGUCACCCACAGCAAGUCGGCUGAAAUAUUUUUAAUAACCAUUUGAAAAUAAUAAUUAAUCGAUUUUUUUCAUUUUAGACUAAAUUGUUUAGUAACGUUCACAUUAUAAUGGAUUAUAUUGCUUCUGAAAAAGGAGACACUACAGAGAAUCGGGAUCCAAACUCUUUGGUAUCAAACGGUAAUUCCAAGCCGGUAAUAGAUGAAAAGUCGAGUGAGAAUGAUGAUAAACCGCACAUCGAAGCCCCCACGGAGAACGCUGCGUGCACAUCGGAAAAGACAGACAUUUCAGAAAUUCCUGAGCAAGUCGAAUUUACAGUUGUAUUUAAUAAGAAUAAACAUGACAUCACAUUUGCUUACGAUGCCUCUGUAGUAGAACUGAAAGCGCAUUUAGAACGAAUAUGUGCAGUGCCACAGUCAGCACAGAAACUCAUCAUUAAAGGAAUGGCCAGGGACAGCGGGACAAUCAGACAAGCUGGGAUCGUCAAAGGCGGAAAAGUAAUGCUUGUUGGAUCCAAAAUGGAUGAUAUAUUGGCUGUGAAGAGUGCACCAAAGGAAAUAUUUGAAGAGAAGUCUAGCAGUCAAUCCAGCAAAGAGCCAUUGUGUAUGCAGAAGAACCAUAGAAAAGUUUUAGAUAAGGGUAUUCCACCAGAUGUAAUGCCUGGAAUAAAGGGAGUCAAGGAACCUUUACCACCUGUGCCACUCAGUGGGAUGUUGAAUAAACAUGGAGGCAAAGUUAGACUAACAUUCAAACCAGAGCAGGAUCAGCUUUGGCUCGGAACCAAGGAGCGCACAGAGAAACUUGCUAUGACAUCUAUCAAAAGUAUCACUUCUGAACCAAUUAAGGAUCACGAGGAAUAUCAUAUUAUGGGUUUGCAGCUAGGACCGACUGAAGCGUCCAGGUACUGGGUAUACUGGGUUCCCGCACAAUACAUAGAGGCCAUAAAAGAUGCCGUACUCGGGGUGUGGCAGUUCUUCUAAAUAACAGCAGUCAACCUUUUUAAAGUUUGCUCUAUCUACCGUUGUAACACAUGGGUAGCUGCAAUACAUUUUAAAUUAUGUAACUAUCUAAACUGUUUUGAAACUCAAAAUAACUGGAAUUUUUCAAGUACAAUAUAUUAUUACAUUUCGUAAUUUGAGGUUCUAUAUUUUGAUAUAUUUUAACAUUUCAAAUGUGGAACAUUAAAGAGGCAGACUGUUUGUAAUUAUUUGUGAUAUAAUCAUGCCAUGUCAAUUACAUUUUAUGUCCAUUGAUGUCCUGGCAUUUAUCUGGUCAACUAAGAUUAUAUUUUUUGCUAUUGUGGAUUAUAUUGGCACUUGGGUAGUGGGCUGUAUGGUGUAAACAGGUGGUACCCCGCUUUAUUACGAGCUUAAUACAUCCCUCGUGUUUUAACCUGAUCUCUAUUUGAAAUUUAUAAUAUUCAAGUGGAGGAUUGGCCAGAAUGGUGCAUUUUGACUGAAAAUUUUAUAUACUAUUCUAAAUUAUUAUUAAUUUUACAAAAUUAUGUCGAUCUUCCCGCCAAUCCUUCACAUUCAUUAGAAUUAGAUAUAUAAAUUGUUUCAAACUAC